CACAAUCUCGACUUCUCGAGACAUCGGGAGAGUCGUUCUGCGUCGAACCCUAUCACUCCGUUCCUAAAGCAUCAUUCCCGCAGUUACAAUGUCUGUGCCUAGGGUCAUCUCACAGGGCCGUUUAGCUCUUUCCAGGGGCUUCACAACUCAACGCGCCACCGGUUCGAUACUUUGCGUUGUCAGCACAGCAGCUCCGCGACGACAGUUCUCAUCGAGCGUGCGAAUCCGGGAAGAGGUCGUUCAGACGCCGGCCACAGGCCCAGAAGUUCCACUUACAGCCACUCGAACCGCAUCCUCUGGAAACCAUGCGCAAUCGAUUGCAAUUACGAAAUUGCCCUGGGAUACCGUGCCGGCUGACAUUGAACAGCUUCUUCGCAACGCUGGAGUUGAUGUCAAGAGAAUCCAAUUUCGAAUUGAUCGCUUCACAUUCCGCUGCGAUACUUCCUCUUUCAUCGAGUUAGGUAGCCAAGAGCAAGCGCAGAAUGCCAUCAAGGUUCUGAAUGGCCAGCAGCUCCAUGGCCGUUCAUUAGUUGUCCGCCCGCUUAACGACAAAUUCUAUUGGGACCACGGGUUCAAGAAAGAACAUCGAUUCUUUUUUCAUGAUGAGAAUACUCCAUUCCAGGCUAUCCAGGGCCUCCUUCAAGGGCGCCGGUUUCGCUUGUAUGUUGAGAACCCAGGCUGGCUCAAUCAAAAGGAUGAAGGCAAGUCCAUUAACGCCACAAGACGAGAGAUCAUCGACAAGCACUUCGGACCAUUUGGGGUGGAAGCCAUCGGGGCACUGAACCCAGUCUGGAAGGGGGAUAAACAAAGUGACAGCUCGUUCCUGACACACAUCGACUUCGCAUCAAAGGAGGGUGCUGAGCGAGCAAUUGACUCGCUCAACGAUAAAGUCAUCGAGGGCAGGCGAGUGCAGUUGAAGCCACACACUGUCAGUCCACGGAGAGCCGAACAGAUUGGGAAAGUGGACAGGAACCUGCUUGCGCAAUUGCAGCAGCUUGGCCUCCUUUCCACUAAGGAAUCUUUGGACAAGGUCGGCGUAUAAUCUCAAGAUGGUGUGGUCGGGAAUCUUGUAAGAUAUUCUAUACAUUCAAUGUUACAUAUCAUGGUCGG